AUGUUCUCCGUGCGCACCUUCACCGGCGUCACCACCGCGGACCGCAUGCGCCCGCGGCCCGACGGUUGCGGCAGCCGCCUGCAGGCGCUCCCCCUCUACCACGGCAGAGGCGACGGGCACGGCAUGCAGAACCCGAGCCUGAUCCGCAACGCGCGCCGCCGGCUCUCCCUGCGCUCCAUCAUCGAACGCAGCACCCGACGCAGACCCCUCGUGGUCCUCACCACCACGCGGUGGCGGAGCGUGAACGCGUCCGAGCAGUACGAGCAGGUCGAGGACGACGACGACUACUUUGAGUUUAACGAUCAGGUCGAACCGGUGACGGCGGAGGAGCUGGAAGCCGCGUUGGCGGCUGAGAAGGCGGAGGCCAGCAGGAGGCUGAAGGAGGCGCGCGCCAAAGCGGCCGAGGUGGAGAAGGAGGAGGCCAAGGCGCGGGCCGAGGAGAAGCACGGUCCCGUCUUUGUCGCCGAGUUUGAGGAGGAGGAGGAGGAGGACGAGGAGGAGGAGGAGGACGAGGACGAGGCCGGUCGCGCCUUCCCCGUCGUCGCCAAGAAGGAGCAGGCGACGGACGAGGACGCGGAUGCUGCGGAGACCCUGGGAGAUUUGGUCGAGAACGAGGAGGAGGAGGAGGAGGUUGACGCGCAAACCGCUCUCGUCGGCGCCAUGGCCGAGUUUGAGGAGGCCAAGGCGGCCUGGCUCGCGGCCGCCGCCGAGGCUGCGCUCGGCGACGUUGCCGCCGCCGCGGAGGCCAAGGAGGCUCGCGCCAAGCUGGAGGAGAUGGCCGAGAUCGCCGGCGCCGCUAUCCCCGUCCUCGAGGAGAAGGAGGAUGCGGAGGCGGAGGCGGAGGCGGAGAAGGAGGAGGAGGAGGAGAACGAGGAAGCCGAGACGGAGGCCGAGGCCGCCGCCGCCGCCGCCGCCGACCUGACCCCUAACGUCGAGAAGGCGGUCAACAACGUGGUCGAGAAGGCGGUAUCCGCGGCGGCGAACAUGAUGGGCAAGGUGGCUACGGGUGGCGGCGGCUCCGGAUCGGACGAUUCCUCCUCCUCCUCCUCCUCCCUCCCGCCCAAGCCCCCCGGAGACGCUUCCUCCUCCUCCUCCCCCUCCUCCGCACGGGAGGUGGCCGAGCUCACGUCCACCGUUCGCGACCUCAAGAAGCGCAUGGGCUCCCUCGCCAAGCUCCUCGACGAGGCGGUCACGCGCCGCGACGACCUCGAGAGGGACCUCGAGUCGGAGAGGGCAUCCGCCGCCGCCAAGGAACAGAAGCAGUCGGAGAAGAUCAAGGUUCUCAAGGAGAACAUCGAGGCGAUCAUGGCGGAUCAGAGCUCGCACAAGGAGUCUCUCGCCAAGACCAAGGCUGACAAGGACAAGGAGAGAGCCGAGCUCGAAUCGCGAAGGGCGGACAUCGAGGCGGAGCUGGAGAAGGUCAAGGCGGCGGCCAAGAAGAAGGCCGAAGACCAGUCCGCGACCAUCGGCGAGCUCUCCGCGCAGCUCUCGAACGUGCGCGAAGAGGUGGCCGCCUACAAGACCAAACUCGCGCAGUCCGAGAAAGAGACGGAGGAGGCGCGCGCGACGCUGGAGACGAGGCAGAGGGAGCUCGAGGAGGAGAUGGCGAGGGAGAAGGCUGCGUUGGACGAAGAAAUCGCCAAGCAGCAAAAGACUUUGCUGGAAGUCGCCGAGGAGCUCAAGAACGUCAAGGCGGAGGUGACGUCGUACAAGUCCCAGCUCGACGACGCCAAGGCCGAGACUGCCGCCGCGGUCAAGCAGCUCGGCAUCACCGCCGCGAGCGUCGAGAAGAAGGUGGAGGAGAGACUCGACAAGGGGCGCAAGAAGGCGCAGGCGGAGGCGGCGCUCGCGGCCAAGGUGGAGGUGGACCGCAUGGUCAAGGAGGCUGCCGACGCGCUCGCCUCCGCCAAGGCGAUCGAGAUGGAGGCCAGGAACGCGCUGGACGCCGAUAAGAAGGCGGCCGCGGAGUCGGCGCUCGUCAAGGCUGAGAAGGAGAUCAAGGCUGCGCACGAGGCGAGGGACGCGGCUAAGAAACUCGCAGCCGACGCCGAGAGGCAGCUCAAGAACCAGAACGAGCUCCUGAACCGCGUCGACGAGCUGAUCCGCGAGAACGGCGACGCGAAGAAGACGGUGGCGCAGCGCGACGAGGCGAUCGAGGCGCUCCAAAAGGAGACCAAGACCCUGCGAGAGAUGGCGGAUGAGGCGACCAAGCUGGCCGUCAAGAAGCAGUCGGAGGCGGAGGCGGCGGAGGAGAAGGUGGCCGAGAAGGUGACCCAGACCCUGGAGGCUGCCGAGACGUGCGUCACCACCGCCGAACGCGUGCGACAGGAGGUUGAGAAGAGCGCGGUCUCCGCCGCCGAGCUCGCCGCCGAGCAGCUCGCCGCGGCGAAGGCGAGGUACCGCGCCGCCGAGGAGAACCUCAAAAACUCCAACGCCAAGCUCGAGGAGAUGACCAAGAUCGCCGUGCUGAAGGAGAGCGUCGACCAGGACGUCGAAGAGCUCACGAGGGAGACGGCUAAGAUGACCGAUACCAUCGCGGUUUUGACCGAGGACCUUCGAAUCGCGAAGGAGUACUCGACCAACUGGGAGGGCAAGGCGGUGACGGCUCAGACGGAGCUGGAGAAGCGCCUUCGCGAGCUGUCGGAGGCGGAGGAGAGCGCCGUGUCGUGGAAGGUGCAGGUGACGUCCGCGGUGGCCCGCGCCGAUCACGCGGAAGGUCUCCUCAGGAAGCAGACGGAGCUCCUCGACGAGAUGGCGGAGAUGGCGGCCGAGAAGGAGAGCGCGGAGGCGCAGUGCGUCGCGCUGUCCCAAACCGCAGACGCGCAGGCUCGCGAGAUUGAGCGACUCGCCGCCGAGGCCAAAUCCGCGCGCGAGGCUGCGGUGGAGUGGGAGGGUAAGGCCCUGGCCGCCGCCGCCAAGGUGGAGACGCGGGCGUCUGUCGCGGAGGAGGCGGCCAGGAAGGCUGAGGAGUCGGCCAGGGAGAAGCAGCGCAUCAUCGAGGAGGCGGAUCUCGUCUGCGCGGGUGUCGCCGACGAGGAGGCUGUCGCCGCCGCCGUGGACUCCCAGCUCGGCGCCAUCAAGGGCGACGCGGACUACAAGGUGUACGAGGCGACCAGGAACGUGGACGCGCUCCGCAGGGCGCUCGCGGCGUCCGCCUUCUCCGCGCAACUUUGGCAGGAGCGCGCGGAGAACGCCGGGCUCGAGAUUGCCAAAUUGAGGGAGGAGAUGGAUUACGCCAUCCGCGGCUCCAAGGGUCUGGACGUCGCCGCCUCGGACGAUAAGAAGAAGGCCAAGAAGGACUCGAAGGACUCCGAGUCCCUGGAGCUGUCCGGCGCCAACUCCACGGUCCCCAUAGGCCGGCUCACCCGCGCCGCCUUUGCCAGCGGCAAGGACCUUCGAUCGUUUGUCACCCUCGGGCCCCGAAUCGAGCCCGCGCGAGAUCCGACCGUGACCAAGGAGCUCGACGCGGUGGGCCUCGGGGCGCCGAUCCUCGGGGAUUACACCCGCGUGGACAGGCUCAAGAAGGGGUUCAAGCCGCCCGCCAGGAACAACAACCAGAACGGCGGGGGUGACAACCGCGACGACACAAACAAAAAGCCCGAGCGAAGGAUCCCGGUGAUGACCUGGGACGUCGAGCAGGAGAACAGGAACAAGCAGAGCCUGAGUUUCAACCCGCGGCGGUUGGGUAAGGUGACCCAGGGCAUGGACAAAUACGUCAAGGAUGAGGAGUCCGAGGGGAUCAUCCAGGCGUAAGGGCGGAGGGACUUCAGCCGAGGAGUAACCGAAGACCCGCGAGCAACCGAGGAAAAGACCGGAGGAAAAAAGAAGAGAGGAAGACUCUGAAGCGGGACAACGCGGCCGAGGGAUCAACAUCACCUCGUCUUUCCGUAAGUUUCACUUUCAAAAUCACUGUUGUUUUCACCGCGCCGCACCAUCC